UUUCCAUGGCGGCGAGGUCACCGGCCGUUAUAUAAAGACGAAUUCCAAAUCAAAAUUCUGAGAAGAAGAAGACGUAAGCAAUGGAGGAUGAAUUGGAAGGUCUGCGAGCUCAUUUUCCUAUUUCGUUUGGUAAGACAUCGAAAGCUUCGGCGCCAAUCGAGGCCCUCCACAGCGCAACUCGCCGCACCGAUGCAGGUACAGACGCCGGAGUUUCGUCGGAUGUCGUCAGCAAGAAGCCUUCUUCCGGUAAAUCUGAAUCCGGAUUCCCGUCUCUAUCUUCCUCUUCUGCAUCCUGGCUCCGAAGUGUUCGCGGUCCGAAUCGUAACCCUAAUAACUCCAGCCAAGCUCCCUCCGAAGAUGAUGUAGCCGUAGGAGGUAUGAUGGGGCCACCUCCGCCUCCGGCUAAACCGACGCAAGAGGAUGAAGAGGAUGACGGAGGUAUGAUAGGGCCACCACCGCCGCCGGCAAAGGGAUCCGGCAUUGGUAAUGAUUCUGAUGAUGAAGAGGAUAUGAUCGGUCCUCCGCCACCGCCUCCGACUGCUAUUGUAGAUUCCGAUGAAGAUUCCGAUGACGACGGUGUUUAUGACAACGAGGAGAAUCGGUACAAAAUCCCAUUGAGCAACGAGAUCCAGCUAAAAGGACAUACGAAGAUUGUUUCAUCUCUCGCUGUUGAUAGUGCCGGAGCUAGAGUUCUCUCGGGAAGCUAUGACUACACUGUUCGUAUGUACGAUUUUCAAGGGAUGAAUUCAAGGCUUCAGUCUUUUAGGCAGUUCGAACCAUGUGAAGGUCACCAAGUUCGCAGCUUGAGCUGGAGUCCCACUUCUGGUCAAUUUCUAUGCGUCACUGGCUCCGCACAAGCUAAGAUUUAUGAUCGUGAUGGUCUCACACUUGGUGAGUUCAUGAAAGGGGAUAUGUACAUCCGUGAUCUGAAGAACACUAAGGGCCAUAUUUGCGGGUUGACUUGCGGAGAAUGGCAUCCGAGGACUAAGGAAACGAUUCUGACUUCUUCAGAAGACGGGUCUUUGCGUAUAUGGGAUGUUAAUAACUUCCUAAGCCAAACGCAGGUUAUUAAACCGAAGCUUGCUAGACCGGGGAGGAUUCCAGUUACAACCUGUGCUUGGGAUCGUGAAGGAAAGCGUAUCGCUGGUGGCAUUGGAGAUGGAUCUAUACAGAUUUGGAGUCUCAAGCCCGGCUGGGGAAGCCGACCCGAUGUAUACGUUGGGAAAGCCCACACUGAUGAUAUAACUUCUGUUAAGUUCUCUAGCGAUGGGAGAAUUCUGGUGUCAAGAAGUUUUGAUGGUUCUCUAAAGGUCUGGGACUUGCGGCAGAUGAAAGAAGCUCUAAAGGCAUUCGAGGGUCUUCCUAAUAAUUAUGCGCAAACAAACGUUGCCUUUAGUCCAGAUGAACAAAUCAUCCUGACUGGAACAUCCGUUGAGAAAGACAGUAAAACGGGAGGCUUGCUCUGCUUCUACGACCGCACCAAACUCGAGAUUGUUCAAAAAGUCGGCAUAUCUCCAACUUGCAGCGUGGUGCAAUGCGCUUGGCACCCGAGGUUGAAUCAGAUAUUUGCAACAUCGGGAGACAAAAGCCAAGGAGGAACUCACAUUCUUUACGAUCCAACUCAGAGCGAGAGAGGUGCAUGCGUCUGUGUUGCACGUGCACCAAGGAAGAAAUCUGUGGACGAUUACCAACCAGAACCAGUAAUACACAAUCCUCAUGCAUUACCACUGUUCAGAGACCCACCAAGCCGUAAACGACAAAGAGAGAAAACAUUGAAGGAUCCUGCUAAAGCCCAUAAACCUGAGCUUCCCAUGACAGGUCCUGGUCACGGUGGAAGAGUUGGUACAACUGGUAGCGGCUUAUUAACACAGUAUCUUCUCAAGCAAGGUGGGAUGAUAAAAGAGACUUGGAUGGAGGAAGAUCCAAGAGAAGCAAUAUUGAAAUACGCAGAAGUUGCUGUUAAGGAUCCUAAGUUUAUUGCACCUGCUUACUCGCAGACCCAGCCCAAGACCAUCUUUGCUAAAUCUGACGAUGAAGAAGAAGAAGAUAAUGACGUCAAAAAAUAAUUAGUGUUUCCAAAAGUACUUCACCUCAGGAUUCGGUUCCCGAGCUCGCCUCAAAGGAAAAUCCAUACCGUUUUCUUGUAUUAUGUAUAAUAUAAUAGAUCAUAUCAUGGCACAUUAGAGAGAGUAAGAGAACGAAUUGUUUUUUAAUCCCGGAAUUGCAUUCUGACAUUCUGA